UGUUAUCGAUACAAUGGACAAAAGUAUUCCUUACCUGUGUACCUGUUGUGUUAAAUCUUUUAAAAUGCGUGAUCCUUUGUAAAGACGUCACAAUUAGGGAUUCGGUCCAUUGUCAAUUAUAUGUAGAUAUCAACAUGAAAGACGUCCUAUUUCUAUUGUUACAACACCCCAUUAUUUCUUAUGAGGAACUCAAUCACAGUUCUAUGAAAAUGUGAAGUGAAGACAUUUACAAAGGAGAAAUGUGAAAUGCAAAAAUAAAAACAUUGAUUCCCACGAAGCAAGCAUCCAAUAUCAACCACUACCCAGUCUACUUUGCAACUCUAGAUAUAUGUCGAAAACAAAGUUUAUGUUAACAGAAGUUGAUGGCGACCUCUUCAGUGCCCCAGAGUCACAUUCGUUAGCCCAUUGUGUGGCAGCUGAUUUUGGUAUGGGCGCCGGAAUUGCAGUGAAAUUUAAGCAAAUCUAUGGACAAGUUGAUGAACUACUAUCGCAGGGAGUACAAAGUGGCGGGGUCGCUGCACUCAAAGAUAAUCAGAGAUUCAUAUACUAUUUGGUAACCAAAAAACAAAGUUGGGACAAACCGACUUAUGAUACAUUAAGAAGUUCACUGGAGGCAAUGCGAGAACACAUGAAAUCUAACAAUGUUGAAAAUUUGGCUAUACCUCGUAUAGGAUGUGGUAUCGAUGGCCUCGAAUGGAAUAAAGUAAUUGCUGAACUACACAAGGUUUUUUGUAACGAACAUCUACACAUUGUAGUUUAUAAUUUUGUUCCAAAGUAAAAAUAUAUAUUUUUCCACUGGAUACAGCAGUUUAUCCGAAUUUUAUGAAACGUAUGAUUGUAAAUUCCAAUGUUUAAAUUAAAAAUGUAAAAGAGAUCGUAAAUAACAAAUUCUGUUCAAGCUGUUAUAUGGAUAACAAGCUGGCCCGGUCGGCGUUGCCGGCAAGUAAAGAUCGCUAUUUAAUACCGUAUUGCGCACUCAUUUCAUUUUUUGUAUUAUUCAUUUAGAAUUCUAAACAAUAAAAAAUGAACACUUCAAUAUAGUAUAUGAAA